AUGAUGAUCUUUCAACUCUUGACUGACUCUGAUUAUGCAAUUGUUGAAGCAGAAACAAGAGAAAUGCACCCGGAUUAUGAUUACACGACUAACGCGUUGAUUGGGUUUUCGGAUUCGAAAGGAGUCGGAGCAAUUAUUGCUCAAUUGCUGAUUUCAUUGGGGGUUUACGUUGCUCCAUUGAUAGCUUUCUAUUAUCGCCGAAAAAUCAACAACAUCAUAUCUACAAAUACGGUUCAACGGAUACCCGUCGCUUAUUGCAAGCAACUAAUUAAUGGCCUACUCAUACAAACCUUAAUACCAUUCUGCGUGUACAUCCCACCAUACUCGUAUUUCCUUUACUCGCAAAUUUCAGGCGAAUCCAACCUCUACUUUGAAUAUCUUCUCAACAUAUUCGGAUCCUUCACGGCGUUCAUCAAUCCACUGCUCACAUUCUACUUUGUGCUACCGUACCGUCGUGCUCUCUGCAAAAGAGUCUUCAAAUACCUGCCAUCAAUAUCCGAAGAAGGAACCGAAAUCACAACUUUCCCGACGAAUGCAAAUUUUCAACGAAGAAACACUGCCUCGACGAAAUUGUAA